GGUGCCACCGUACGACGUAGACGCGUUUUAAAAAAGUUAUCGCCGAGUCACUGUCGACAUUGACCCCCCGAGGCCCCCUAAAUACCCCCAAAUCCCCCGGAAAUACCCCGCGAUAACCCCCAGUUGCCCGCAAUAACCCCUCGACCCUCGGUACGAAAUUAAAUCCUGGAUAAACUCGUUUGAAUACGGCGCCACUGUCGGCUGCGUAUAAAGUGUGGUCUCGAAAAAAAAAUCGCGCUGCUGAAAAACUCUCGCAAGGGGUAAAGGGGAGGAAUCGAAAAUUCUGGGGAUAAAAAAGUUAAAUCGAAAUCGCCUUUUGCAGUGUUGCCCUCGUCCUCUCGUUGCCGAGACAUUUUUUAAAAUCGUCAUUGAGGGAUGACGGCGCGUCCCGGGGGGCGAGGGGGUGGCUGAGGUGAUCGUGGGGGUGUGUGGGUUGUUACCCCGGUGUACAAUGUGAUUGAUCCCGUGGAACAGGUGCAUCGUCGAUUGGAAUGUCUGCAGACAGUGCUUCAGUCGUUCACUCGUGUGUAACGAUUACCAAUGAGUGCAAUUGCAGUUAUAAAAAUGUAUCGUGAUGAUUUAUUCUGACUGAUCGAGCCAAUUGAUUGAGGUUGGGAUGAUUCGAUGGGGGAACAUGUGGGCGUGAGGUGUUGAGUCCAGUGAUACCCGCGGAGGAAUUAAUUCAUCGGGUUUGUGGGCUUUUUUUUAUUGACAUGACGGAGGGGUGAGCGCUCGGGGCACUCUUUUUUCGGGGUUCGUUGGGGGUUUUUCUCUUUUGAGGGGCGAGGGGAGUGAGACGUGUUGUUAUGAGUGUUUAUAACGCAUCGGCGGGGAACACGGGCAAUGCCGCGGCGAACAACGCCGUCGGGACGCCUGAGGGUGCCGACGACUGGAUGGAAUUCUGCGACAGACACGCCCGCGCAUCCGCCUCCGAUUUUGCCAAGGCUUUCUGCACUUAUGUCAGUCUCAAUUUGCCGGAGAGCGCGAGGGCCACUUUAUCGCACAGGGAUUUUUUGAGGAAGUUCAUUGACACUUUCUGCGAACACUUCGAGAGCGAGUAUCUCCGGCGAAGUGCCAGAUCUCCGUCAUUCCACGACACUCGUCACCCAGUGACCAACUCAACUAGUCAUAACAAUCGAGUCCCCAUUCGUGCCUCGUCUCACGAAGAGUUCAGUGAUUAUUCCGAGCACGAGGGUGACAUAGUCUCCCCGAAACCAGCGCACAAGCCCUUCUUCCGUCGGCUCUCCUUCAAGGGUCUGAAGAAGGGAAAAGGCUUUUUUCACAAGCAGCAGAGCGAUGAGGUCGAGCUGUCGCACAGCGAUCACAGGCGAGACAAGCACUCCAAGUCCAAGCUCUCGAAAAUUGUGGUCGAGUGCAGGAAGGAGGGAGUCGUCAACUCCCUUAUGGGAGAGAACCCCGAUGGUACACAGAAAUGGGAGAAGUCGAGAUUGGCUCUGAUCAAGGCCAUUGGCGGCUACAUGCUGGAGUUUUACUCACCACCGAAGGCUGUCAAGCCUCGGGACGGGGUUUUCUGCUCAGCGAUCACUGAGGCCAGGGAGACAACGGCCCUGGAGAUGCCGGAUCAUGAGAAUACGUUUGUCCUGAAGACACAGACCGCUGAGUUCGUCAUUGAGGCGCAUGACUCGGCGGACAUGAGGUCGUGGCUGGCGACCAUCAGGUAUUGCAUGAGAAACGCACAUUUGAACUCCAUGAGUACCAAUACCAAUGACACUACUGAUGGAGUUGGCCACGGAGCCGCUGGAGGCAGCGAUGGGGACAGAUUGAGAGCCAACUCGGCCAGCAAAUCCUCGAGAUCUGCUCACGAUCACGGGAAUGAACUGGGAAAUCCUCCAGAGUUGCCUCCGAGACUCAGAACAAAGAGUAACAGCAAUUUGGAAUUGUGCUCUUCUCAACAAGAAAUUGAGCAAUUGCCCAAUGAAGGAGAACUGGACCUUGCUGUGAGCCUGAGAGAGUAUCCCUGGUUCCAUGGAACAUUACCACGAUCGGACGCUGCACAACUCGUGCUUCACAGUGCCACCAAUGGCCAUGGGGUGUUUUUGGUUCGACAGAGCGAAACUAGAAAGGGGGAGUUUGUUCUUACCUUCAAUUUCCAAGGGAGAGCAAAGCACCUUCGAAUGACACUGAACGAUCAGGGCCACUGUCGCGUCCAACACCUGUGUUUCCCAGCCAUUCUGGACAUGCUGGACCACUUCCGCCAGAAUGCAAUACCUCUGGAGUCCGGUGGAACAGCUGAUGUGAUGCUAACUGAAUUCGUCUUGGCCACACACCUGACGAGACCACCAGUGCACCCAGUGGCAGCGACAAAUGCCCAGCCAGCUCAGGAGAGGAGACCAGCAGCUGCCCCAGAGCCAAGAGAAGUAAGAGUCAGCAGCGGAAGUCUCACACCUCUCGAGUGAGCGCGAGUUGCCGACUCCCACAGUCUCAAGUCUGAUUUUUCUACAGACAGUGCAGACAUACGGUGGAUCAAUAAGGACUCGAAUGGAGUCGCUAGAGAGACUGGAGCAGCAGAAUGCUGAUCAACAGGCAUCUACAAGUGGUAGAGCAGUACAAAAUACAUACAGUUUUCUCUGACGGUGGAUACAGAGAAGAUUAACAUCUGGCUAUCGUCUGGUCAGUCAUCCUGAAUAAAAGAUAUAUAUUUUUUAAAUACCUAUUUAUAUGCUUCAAUACGCCUCAAGGAAAAUUAACAUUCUAUCGACUCAUUCCAUCGAGAAGGAAAAUAACACAAAACGUAAUUUUUAUUAGGCUCAACUUAUCGCUGUAUACGAAUUUUCCACGUAAUCUGUACAUAGUUUCGAUUGGUUUACUUUUUUUCGUCUUUUGGUUGAAGAUCUGCCUGUUACCUUGCACUAGGCUGUAAUCUAUUGAAAAGCCUCGGCUCAAACCGCAUAAUUGUAAAGAUGAUAUUUUUCGCCUAGAGAAGAGAAUGGAAGUCUUGGGGGGAUCCAAGGAGUUUGCCUCAUAGUCCUCCAUGGAUUAUCUUUCGAAAGUCUCGAUUGUUUUUCCAUCUUCAUAAUAUAAAUUAUAUCACAAUUUCCACGGGAUUUUACAGCACGUAGGUGCCCCUAAAAAUUAUGAUUGCGCAAUAAAAAGAAGUAGAUGAUAAACUGAACAUUUUCAAUGAGCAUUUUUAAUAAAGAUUAGGAAAUAAG